ACAGACAGACCUUCUCGCUCAGACUCUCCCUCGGAACCUCAGCGAGCAGCACGUUUUGAAUGCGCGGCUCGACAUGCCACCUCACAUGGAUUACUUCCACCGCGAGUCCCGAGUCCCUUCCGCCUGCGGGCUGACCGGGGAGGACGAGCUGGAGCCCGGCGUCAUCAGCUGCAUGCUGGUGGGAGACGGGGCCGUCGGGAAGACCAGCAUGAUCGUCAGCUACACGUCCAACGGGUACCCGAGCGAGUACCAGCAGACCGGCUUCGAUGUCUUCUCCGGUCAGGUCCAAGUUGAAGGAUCUCCUGUUAAAGUUCAGCUUCUGGACACUGCUGGACAGGAGGAGUUUGACGGGUUCAGGGCUCUGUCCUACGCCCACACGGACGUCUUCCUGCUCUGCUUCAGCAUGGUCAACCCCACCUCCUUCCACAACAUCACCAAGAAGUGGGUUUCGGAGAUCCGGGCCCACAACCCGUCCUCGCCCAUCGUCCUCGUCGGGACUCAGUCGGACCUCUUGCUGGACGUGAACGUCCUCAUCAACCUGGACCGCUCCAAAGUCAAGCCCAUCCCGAGCUCCCGGGCUCGGAGCAUGGCCGAGAAGAUCCGGGCGGCGGACUACGUGGAGUGCUCCUCGCUCACGCAAAAGAACCUGAAGGAGGCGUUCGACGCCGCCAUUUUCGCCGCCAUCAAGAGCAAGUCCCGCAAGUCCAAGAAGAGGAGGUUCUCCGACCGACGCACCAAAGCUUUCUCCAGGUGCAGCUGGAAGAAGUUCUUCUGCUUCAUCUGAACACCCCACCACCCCCACCACCCCCAAAAAAAAAACAGACUGCUGACCCUGUGGGUUGUGGACAAAAACGUCUGUCACUUAUUUAACUCGUUCACUUUCGCUCCGUCUGACGGCCAAAUGGUGCAAAUCGAGCACGGAGGGACCAUCCGAGAGGAUUCUGGGGGUGUUUGUUUGGGUUCCUCGCUCCAGCAGAAGAGUUUGUUUACAUCGUGAGAUUGUUCCCACGUUAAACCCCAAAAAACAACAACACGCUUGUUGUGUUAAGAAUCCACGUCUCUCGUGAAUUUGCAUGACGUGCCUUUGCUUGCAGCCUUAAGCGUGAGAGGGAGAGAAGUGGAAA